AUGAAUCUGACGGGAACCUUCAACAAUGGCUCUCAGAUGUCUGCCUACAACGAAAGGGUGUCUUACAUCAUCACCCUGGUCUUCUUCAUCUUGACUUUGCUUUGCUUCUGCUUUUUUCUCUACUUUAUUUCCAUUAUUUUGAUUGUCUACUUCACCACCCCUCAGGUCCGAGAGACCUCCCGCUACAUUCUCUUCGCCCACAUGCUAGUUAAUGAUGUAUUGUAUCUUUUCUUGGGUCUCUUUCUUGCCCUGGCAUAUCAAUUUCUUUACAUUCCACCACCAGUUUGCUACUUUCUCCUCACUCUUACCACCGCCACAUUUAGGGUCACACCAUAUAACUUGGCAGCCAUGGCCCUUGAACGGUACUUAGCGAUUUGCUACCCUCUGAGAUACUCAAUGUUCUGUACAGUUAAUAGGUCUUAUUCUGUGAUCACAGCAAUGUGGAUCCUUGGGUUACUCCCUAAUACAGCUGAUUUAGCCAUCCUCAGCACCUCAGUGGAGAAAAGUUUUUUCUCCCAGAAACUGUUGUGUAAGCAGGAGGAGUUCAUAGUCAAGCCGAUUCAGGGCACCAUAAUGUCCUUCACCUUCUUAGGUAGUUUAAUCCUGGUGGCUCUGGUUAUUCUUUUUACCUACAUCAAGGUUAUGUUAAUUGCUCAAAGGAGUGGUUCCAGUUCAUCUUCGGCCUCCAAAGCUAUGAGAACUUUAAUGCUCCACGCAUUUCAGCUCUUCCUAUGCAUGGUAUCAUUGCUUUCCAAUUUUACAGAGUCCUAUGGAGGCAAUUAUAUGGUUAUGAUCAAUUUCCUGGUCUUCAUGUGUUUGCCGAGGCUUCUAAGUCCUCUUAUCUAUGGUAUCCGAGACAAAGUGUUCAGCAAAUGCAUUAAGAAGAUGUAUUCCACCAUCUAUGACAAGACUGUGCAAAAAUUCUGA